AUGCAGCAGCAGCAAGGAAAGGCCGCGGGAGGAGCUGAGCUGCAGCUGCAGCUGCAGAUGAGAGGAGGGAGCGAAGAGGAGGAGGAGCUGGUUCUGGCCACGUGGGACUGCGGCAGCCCGCUGUACAACUCCUUGGAGCUCGCGUCGCUGCACUACGUCCUCGAGAAGCACACGAUGGUCCUGCCGUUCUUCCCCGACGCCGCGGUGUUGCGGUCGCGGCGGCGUUCGCAGCGUCGGCAUCAUCGGGGCGGCGCCGCCCUGCCGCCCGACAUGGCCAAGGCCGGCAACCGCGGCGCGGGCGCGGGCGCUGCGAGGAGGAGGACGAGGGGGUGGAGCGGCGCUGCCGCAGCUGUAUUCAGGGCUGUUACGUGCUGGAGGACCGUGCUUUCUCAAAGCUAG